AAGUAACAUCAACCAAUGAAGUAAUAUCAACCAAUGAAGCAGCAACAACCAACGAAGCAGUAACAACCAACGAAGCAGCAACAACCAACGAAGUAGCAACAACCAACGAAAUAGCAUCAGUUAGUGAAAUGGCAUCAACCAAUGAAA